AUGGCUGAACUGCAAGUUGAAGAUGUGGCAUCCUUCAGGAACCUCCGGAAAGCUUCUCCAGAGUUUUUCCAAGAACUACUGGAGAAUAUUGGCCACACCAUCUACAAGGCAAACACUUUCUGGAGGCAGUCACUGGAACCUGACAUCAAGCUGGUUGUAACUCUUCGAUACCUGGCCACAGGAAAUAGUUACAUGCUCGUCGUGUCAACUAUUGCACGCCGUCGGCCUGAAGCUGGCCGAGACCAGCCACCUGUGCUGCCUGCAAUUCCUGUGGGACAGGGCGGUCCCGUAGGACAGGCUGGUCCUGCAAUGCCGGUGUUGCAAGCGGAGCCAAUGGAAGUGGACCCACGCCCUGCCCGUCCUGAGCUUGCAAUGCCGGCGUUGCAGGCUCAACAACCACUGGCAGCAAACGACCGUGGACAAUGUCAGGAGCUGACGCGUGUAAGCGGACGCCGUCGACUGUGCCAACGGAGACGGCGUCUGUCGCAGCCAUACUGUACUCAGCACAGUCGGCCUGAAGCUGGCCGAGACCAGCCCCCUGUGGUACCUGCAAUUCCUGUGGGACAGGCCGGUCCCGCAAUGCCUGUGGGACAGGCCGGUCCCGCAAUGCCUGUGGGACAGGCCGGUCAGGCAAUGCCUGUAGGACAGGCAGGUCCUGCAAUGCCGGUUUUGCAAGCGGAACCAAUGGAAGUGGACCCACGCCCUGCCCGUCCUGAGCUUGCAAUGCCGGCGUUGCAGGCUCAGCAACCACUGGCAGCAAACGACCGUGGACAAUGUCAGGAGCUGACGCGUGUCAGCGGACGCCGUCGACUGUGUCAACGGAGACGGCGUCUGUCGCAGCCAUACUGUACUCAGCACAGGCGUGCUGAAGCUGAGCACGGAGCUCCACUCGGCCAGGCAGCAGCUGUGGGGGUCGUAGUCGGCCCUGCCCCUCUCCCUCUAAAUCUUCCCCUGGCAGCUGCCCCUGCUCCUCUACCUUUUAAUCUUCCUUUGGCAGCUGCCCCUGCUCCUCUACCUCUUAUUCUUCCCCUGGCAGCUGCCCCUGCCCCUCUUCCUCUAAAUCUUCCUUUGGCAGCUGACCCUGCCCCUCUACCUCUAAAUCUUCCUUUGGCAGCUGACCCUGCCCCUCUUCCUCUGAAUCUUCCUUUGGCAGCUGACCCUGCCCCUCUUCCUCUAAAUCUUCCUUUGGCAGCUGACCCUGCCCCUCUACCUCUAAAUCUUCCUUUGGCAGCUGACCCUGCCCCUCUACCUCUUAAUCUUCCUUUGGCAGCUGACCCUGCCCCUCUACCUCUUUAUCUUCCUUUGGCAGCUGACCCUGCCCCUCUUCCUCUAAAUCUUCCCCUGGCAGCUGACCCUGCCCCUCUCCCUCUUAUUCUUCCUUUGGCAGCUGCCCCUGCCCCUCUACCUCUUAAUCUUCCUUUGGCAGCUGCCCCUGCCCCUCUACCUCUUGAUCUUCCUAUGGCAGUUCACCCUGCCCCCCUCCCUCUUAAUCUUCCUAUGGCAGCUGACCCUCUCCCUCUUCCUCUGAAUCUUCCUGUGGCAGUUCACCCUGCCCCUCUCCCUCUUAAUCUUCCUAUGGCGCCUCAUCCUGCCCCUGUCCCUAUCCAUCAUCUUCCUCUGGCAGUCGACUACGCCCCUCCGGCUGUGGUAUUCAACAACCCACAUGCUCCUCGAGGAUGGCACCGGGCUCAUCCAAUGCCAGGCUUGCAGGCGACGUUUCCCAUCAUCAUUGUUGCACCUGCAGCCUGGCAUCCACAAGCUCCACCACCUUAUGGCGUCUCUCCAAAGUCUGGGCGUGCUGAAGCUGAGCACGGAGCUCCACUCGGCCAGGCAGCAGCUGUGGGGGUCGUAGUCGGCCCUGCCCCUCUCCCUCUAAAUCUUCCCCUGGCAGCUGCCCCUGCUCCUCUACCUCUUAUUCUUCCCCUGGCAGCUGACCCUGCCCCUCUACCUCUAAAUCUUCCUUUGGCAGCUGACCCUGCCCCUCUACCUCUAAAUCUUCCUUUGGCAGCUGACCCUGCCCCUCUACCUCUAAAUCUUCCUUUGGCAGCUGCCCCUGCCCCUCUACCUCUAAAUCUUCCUUUGGCAGCUGACCCUGCCCCUCUACCUCUAAAUCUUCCUUUGGCAGCUGACCCUGCCCCUCUACCUCUAAAUCUUCCUUUGGCAGCUGCCCCUGCCCCUCUACCUCUAAAUCUUCCUUUGGCAGCUGCCCCUGCCCCUCUACCUCUUAAUCUUCCUUUGGCAGCUGCCCCUGCCCCUCUACCUCUUAAUCUUCCUAUGGCAGUUCACCCUGCCCCCCUCCCUCUUAAUCUUCCUAUGGCAGCUGACCCUCUCCCUCUUCCUCUGAAUCUUCCUGUGGCAGUUCACCCUGCCCCUCUCCCUUUUAAUCUUCCUAUGGCGCCUCAUCCUGCCCCUGUCCCUAUCCACCAUCUUCCUCUGGCAGUCGACUACGCCCCUCCGGCUGUGGUAUUCAACAACCCAGAUGCUCCUCGUGGAUGGCACCGGGCUCAUCCAAUGCCAGGCUUGCAGGCGACGUUUCCCAUCAUCAUUGUUGCACCUGCAGCCUGGCAUCCACAAGCUCCACCACCUUAUGGCGCCUACAAUUUUGUCAUUCACGUGGCUGAAAGAGACAUUGUAAACUUCAUGGGGCAGCAGCAGGGACGGAGACAGUUGGUUCCAGGAGGCCGGAGACUGCCUCUCCCUCUCCCUCCUGUCCCUCUUCUACCUCUCCCUCCUGUCCCUCUUCUACCUCUCCCUCCUCCCCCUGCUGCUGCUGCUCCUCCUCACGCUGGCCAGUCUGUGUGGAAGCGAGUGUGGGCGUCUGUGUCUUCGGGAAAAACACUGGUGUUGGUCAAGAAAGGCUGCAGAGGCCAAAGAGUGUGCACAGGCCACAAGGGAUGUGGAAAGUAUUUUCCAGGUAUUGCAGCAUUGAAGAGGCACGGGGCUUUACAAAGGACGGAGGAAGAAAUGGACGUGGAGGAAGAGGAGGAAAAGGAGGAAGAGGAGGAAAUACAGUCAACCGCUUGA